CCCACCGCCCAGCUGCCCGCAAUGCCCUCCAGCGGCCCCGGGGACACCAGCAGCUCCGCUCCGGAGCGGGAGGAGGACCGCAAGGAGGGAGAGGAGCAGGACGGAGCUCAUGGCAAGGAGGAGCGGCAGGAACCCGGCACCACCGCUCGGAAGGUGGGGCGGCCUGGGCGGAAGCGCAAGCACCCCCCGGUGGAAAGCAGUGACACGCCAAAGGACCCUGCAGUGACCUCCAAGUCCCCGUCCAUGGCCCAGGACUCAGGCUCCUCAGAGCUGUUACCCAACGGGGACUUGGAGAAGCGGAGUGAGCCCCAGCCAGAGGAGGGGAGCCCUGCUGGAGGGCAGAAGGGCGGGGCCCCAGCAGAGGGAGAGGGUGCGGCUGAGACCCCGCCCGAAGCCUCCAGAGCCGUGGAGAAUGGCUGCUGCACCCCCAAGGAUGGCCGAGGAGCCCCUGCAGAAGAGAGUGAGUCCUGGGCGCAAGGGGCAGCCUCUUCUGGGAUCCCCAGGAUUCUCCCAAGGCCUCAGAGCUGGGGGGGACCCCUGAAGGCCACCAUGCAUUGCCUGGAUGCUGAGACCGGCGAGGUGCUGCCCGGGGGCGUAGGCAGCGGUCUGCUGGGGGCUCGGCCACCUGGCCUGUAG